AUGGCAUAUUCACCCUCCCCUACCUCACCCACACUCAACGCGAAUCCUGAUAACUCCUUGUACCCUCCCCAUCGUUCGCCCACGCCUCCUACGCAACCCUUGUCUAAACGAGACAAACGUCGAAAUCAACAUGUCGCUCACCAGCAAGAGCUCUAUCACGAGCUGUCUUCUAAUCGAGAACAGCAUUAUCGUGAACAACUCAUUGCUCUCCAAACCGACAUGAGCCUCAUAUCGCAGGCUGACCCGUACGACCCCGAGCCUCUUGAGGAUUCACCUGAAGAGGUCGCUCGAAUUGCAGAACUAGCAGCAUCCGGCACCCCUUAUCAGUCGCAAAUGUCUUCUCUCGCGGGUAAAUGGUAUGCAGAAUUCGUCCAUGAAGUCAACGAUGCCAAGGAAGCCAAAGAACUCGCCCUUAUCCAGCUAAUGAACAAUCACAACGCUCGUCUGGAACGCCUCCAGUAUGAAUGCGACUACAGACUCCACUUGGCCGCCGAGGAGUGUGAACACAUGACCUCCACCCUACGAGAGCGACUCUUCCAAGCCCUGUCGAACAAGAGACAAAGGCUUAUGAAAGAGAAGGAACAACUGGAUAUCGCAGACACCAACGCUCUACUUCUCCAUCCUAGCCAAUUUAGUAUUACGAAUCCUGCUAGUCCAGGAAGCCAACCAGUCAGUCGGAAAACAAGAUUCACCCGACAUCGAGAACAAGAGGACCUCAAUGGAGUCGGGGAUGCUACCAGCAAACGCAAGCGAAAAUUCGUCGAUGAAGACGUUGGAUCACCCUCACGAAAUGGUAUCUCAACCCCCGCAGAACGCUCUCGAGCAGGGCUUGCGCCCCAAACUGCACCUGUCUACUCUGUCCACACCCUCUUCACCGACAAGGAACUCAAUUUUCAAUCUCACCAGGCGCAAAUUGCAGCUCGGCAUUUCUUUACAACAUCACGCAAGGAGGGUGAAACAGGCAAUACUCGAAGGCGUGGACGAGACGAUGCAGACAAGCAUGAAGGCUCAGAUGACGAGUCGGGCUCGGAGGAGGAUGAAGAGCUUGGAGCGCCCGAGAUGGAACGUUCAGCAAGCCACAACGUGCAUAUCACGAGGUCUACAAGGACCACUGGUGGUCUGGGUGGCCUCAACUCGCUCAGUGACCUGGCAGACAAGGCAGCUACACGCCCUGCACUGCCGUACGCGACCCUGCACACCCACCAAGGUCGAGCUGGGACGUUCCUCCCUCAACCGAGUCGUCUGAUGGAGCAGGAAAUCGAUGAGGACAUGCUGAAGAUCCAACAGGGCGAAUCACAAGCACCUGGGCAAGUCGACAGGAAGGUUAUCGAAGAAGCGCUCAAACCUCUCUCGGAAUCCCGAAGCAAUCUUGCGCCGGACUGGCCGGUGUACCUGGACAUUCACAUGGUGGAUGUCGACGCACGAACGGCUCCAAAGGUCUGA